AACAAGCAGCAUGGCGUCGGGAGUCUUGGCAGGAAGAUUAGCUAUCGUGACUGGAGGUGGAAGCGGCAUAGGUAAAGCAAUAUGCCAGGUGUUUGCUCGAGAAGGGGCUAUACUGGCGGUGGUGGACAUCGACAAGUCCAAUGCUGAGGCAACUGUGUCAGGGCUUCCACAAGGCAACCAGAAGCACCAGGCCUUUACCGCCGACAUUGCCUCCUCUGCAGAUGUUAACGCCAUGAUGGCACAAAUCAAGAACCAGUUUUCGGUGCUGCCAUCAGUGGCUGUAAACUCUGCUGGAAUAACACGAGACAACUUCCUCAUGAAAAUGGAUGAGAAAAAUUUCGACAAGGUCAUAGAUGUCAAUUUGAAGGUCGGCAGAUGCAUGAUGGAGGGGAAGGUGGACAAUGGUUCUAUCAUCAAUAUAUCCAGCAUCGUUGGCAAGAUGGGUAAUAUCGGACAGGGCAACUAUGCAGCAUCCAAGGCAGGUGUUGUUGGACUAACAAAAUCUGCUGCAAGAGAAUUUGCAAGGUUCAACAUUCGAGUGAAUGCUGUCCUCCCUGGCUUCAUCAAUACUCCCAUGACGGCAGCAGUCCCAGAACACCUGCUGCAGAGGGCCAUGUUCCUAGUUCCCAUGAUGAAGAUGGGGAAGUCAGAGGACGUAGCUGACGCUUGUGUGUUCCUGGCCAGUGACAGAAGCAAGUACAUCACAGGGACAAGUCUGGAGGUCGCAGGCGGCCUUGGCAUAUAAACGAUGAGGAGCCAGCCCUGUCCUAUUCUGUGAUACGGAGAGUUCCUUCCAUAGCUUAUAUAGUUUUGAUUGACUAAAUAACAGCUUUUCUAUGAUGCCAACCGCUCAGUAUACCUGCAGUGAUUUCACAGCAGGUUCCAUGUGAUCAGUGUCCAUUUGGAAUAGGGGAUGUU